AUGAUACACAAAAACCAAGAUAAACUCAUCAAGUUACUUCAGAAUGAUGCUGACAAGGUCUUGGAUGCGUUGCUCUGCCAGUCAGUGAUCACACAGCAGGACUACGAUCAACUCAGCAAAGGAAAGGAUGCAAAGAACAAAAUAAGAAUAUUGUUGAUUAUGAUACAGCGGAAGGGGGGACUGACCUGUAAGCAAUUUCUGGAGUGUUUACAAAGCCUGUUUCCUGACUUCCAACAGCACAUACAAUACUCAGUACAGGUGUCUGCACCAACUGGUGAGACCUCAGCAGCGAGGCCGAUGGAAGAGGAAGUGACGGGAGAGCUGGGCAGCAGUGCUACACUUACAAGCUCAGCUACAAGAUCCCCCGAUUCAGUAACAGUGGUCGCUGAUGAGAAAUCCUUGAAGAUUAUGUGCAAAGAGCGACGUAAACUGAUUAAAAUUAUUCAAAAUGACCCAGGUGGUGUCUUGGAUGAGUCACUUGCUCAGUCCCUCAUCACAGACGAGGACUAUGACAAUAUGAACACAAUAUCGGAUACAGAGGCGAAAAUUAGAAAAUUGUUAAUUCAAAUCCAGAGAAAGGGAGCACUGGCCUGUCAGCAAUUCCUGGAGUGUUUAGAAACCAUGUUUCCGGGCACAAAUCAGGAUUUACAACAUCCUCAGUGUGGAUUAAAUCAGGAAUCUCAGACUCUGCAAGCCCCAGAGCUGGGGGAAAAAGGUGUCGUAAAUCCAGAACUGGAAUUAGAUAUUCAACAAGACAAAAAGCCAGAGGAGACAGACCUUUCCAAAGGUAAUUUCCUCUGA